AUGGAAUAUGAGUCUCUUCGGCAGGUGUACGCAAAGCUGCUUGCAGUUAUAUCCAACGAGAAAGAAUCCCCGGAACUGCUGGAGUAUGAAGACAGUGCCGUCGACUGCAUCAUAGAGCAACUUCAAUACAUGGUGGAGAACAUCCGAGUAUUCAAAGACAAACUAGAGACAUUCUGCACCGAACAACACAAAUCAGAGAUCGACCGACUUCAGUAUGCAGUCAACAGCUACCUGCGGAUACGGAUACAGAAGAUCGAGAAAAACUGCACACCUCUGAUCAAACUGCUGAAAAGCGACGCGAGGAGAGCGGAAAAGCUCAUGUCAGCUGGGGAGAUCAAGUACCUGGACAGUUACUUUGUCAACUGUGAAAAGUACCUCUCGGAGACUAUUCUGGGCAAGAUGAACGUUCCCAUUCAAGACGCAGCCCACACCUUCAGCCUGUUGGAGUUGCCACAAGACGAAAGCCAACUAUUCAGCACCUCGUACGUCUUUGUGAAAGCCCUGCGGCAGACUGAAGUUAUCGUGGACAGUGAGAAUGGAGACCAUGACACGGUGAAGAUGGAGCCAAACUCUAUACACUUCCUCCCCUACUCAUCAGUACGCCACUACAUUCUCAACAGCUCCGGUGAUGUCGUUUUGAUGUAA